GCGCAUGCGCGGCGGCAGGAGGGGUGGUGGCUGCUCACGACGGAGCCCGCGAGCGGCGGCGAUGGGGACGCAGGGCGCCGGGCGGAAGAGGCUCCCCAACCGGGAGCGCCUCACGGCGGAGGACGAUGCGCUCAACCAGAUCGCACGGGAGGCUGAAGCAAGGCUUGCAGCAAAGCGAGCAGCACGUGCUGAAGCGCGGGAAAUUCGGAUGAAAGAACUUGAGAGGCAGCAAAAAGAGAUCUAUCAGGUUCAAAAGAAAUAUUAUGGUCUGGAUACUAAGUGGGGUGACAUCGAGCAAUGGAUGGAAGACAGUGAGCGUUAUUCCCGUAAAUCCAGAAGAAAUGCUUCGGCUUCGGAUGAAGAUGAGCGCACGUCAGUGGGUAGCCGUGGAAGCUUGAGGCCUUCUGAAUACAGCUGCUACCUUGGUUCCGGAUCUCGGACAUCUUCAAGAGCCAGUUCUGCUCGAGCAAGUCCAGUGAUUGAAGAAAGGCCAGAAAAAGACUUUGAGAAGGGAGCUCGUACUGUGUCAAGCUUAUCAGCAGCUACACUCGCCUCUCUGGGUGGAACUUCCUCCCGGAGAGGCAGCGGAGAUACCUCUAUCUCAGCUGAUACAGAAGCAUCCAUUAGAGAAAUUAAGGAGAUCAAUGAGUUAAAGGACCAGAUUCAGGAUGUAGAAGGCAAAUACAUGCAGGGAUUGAAAGAAAUGAAGGACUCCCUAGCAGAAGUUGAAGAAAAAUAUAAGAAAGCUAUGGUGUCCAAUGCUCAACUAGAUAAUGAGAAAACAAAUUUCAUGUACCAAGUAGACACCCUGAAAGAUGCACUGUUAGAGUUGGAAGAACAACUGGCAGAGUCAAAGAGGCAAUAUGAAGAGAAAAGCAAGGAGUUUGAGAGGGAAAGGCAUGCUCAUAGCGUAUUGCAGUUUCAGUUCACAGAAAUGAAAGAAGCCUUGAAGCAAAGAGAAGAAAUGCUUGCAGCGUUAGAAAGGCAGAAAGAGUUCUUUGAUUCCAUAAGGAGUGAGCGAGAUGGCCUUAGAGUGGAGGUGGUUAUGCUGAAGGAACAAUUGAAGAAACAUGGAAUAAUCCCAGACUCAGAAGUAGCUACCAAUGGAGAAACUUCAGAUGCUUUUGAUAAUGAAGGACACUCAGAUUCUUCCAAGAUUAAUCAAGGCACAACUCAGGUGCUAAACACAUUUGGGGAUGGGACCCUAGGCAGAACCAAUGAAGUGGAGAUGAAAAAUGAGAUUUUGGAGAAUGUGGGGAAAAAGGAAAUCUUGCAGAAUACUGAGCAUGAGCAACACAAGGAGGACUCUGAGGAGCAGGAAAUUGUAAAGGAGUAUACGGAGAUAAAGACCUUGCAUACUGAUGAAAAUACAGAGAGAGAGAAAGCUACUGAAGAUACUGAUGUCACCUCAACAGUAAUAUUAAUGAAUAGUGGACUGGAGGAACAAACUGAAUGCUAUAGAGAACAUGUAUUAGGAAAUGUAUCUUCCUCUGAAAAUAGUGAUGCAGGUAGUAGCAUAGAAAUCCAGCAGCCCAUUAGUUUGGAAAGUGAACAUGGUAGUGACUUAAAUGAGAGGACUAAUCAGAAUCUGGAAAUGGGUACACUGCAGAGUCAGGAUAUUAAGGCUUCCCAGGCAGGGUGUUGUAACUUAGAGAGACAGGAAUUUGAAGGAAUUGCACAGCAGCAGAAAGAAAAACAGGAGGAGUUUAUAACUAGCCAAAAAGAAGGUAGUGAAGCAACUCAGGAAGUUCUUGAUUUUGUAGCAAGCAGCCAUGCAUUGGUUUCUGAUCAGUCUGAACUACCUGAAAUUGUAAUCACAGGUUCAGCUAUUGAAGGGCCAUGUGUGGAAGCUCAAGUUGAAAGACAGGAUCAAGCAGAAGAAAGCCCUAAAAAUGAGGUUAUGAGUGAUGAAGGUGAAGAGUGCAUUGACAGAAAAAUUGAUAAUGUAGAGAGUGGUAGAGAGGAAGAAGAAAAUAAAACAGAUACAGUCCAGAAUCUGGAAAGCCAAGAAAUAAAACCUGUAGAAGAGGAGGAAGAAGUGUCAUGUGACACCGAGGUAGUGCCAGAUAAUAUUGCAAAGGAACAAAAAGUAGAUGAAACACCAACUCUGUCACUUCUUUCAGAGAAUGAUCUGCUAUUAGCAGGAGAAGAACAAAGUAUGGUAAGUGCGGCAGAGAAUGGAAUGAAUAUGAAGCAGAGGCCAGGACAACGGGAAGUGUUUGUGGGCAAAUUGGAUUCAGAUUCUGAAAACAAAGAGGUACAACUUGAAAGAUCUGUGGAAUCUAUAGACUGUAUUACAGAGGUAAAAGAAUCUGAAUCAUAUAAAACAGAGCAAGAUCAAGGUCCCAUGAACAAAGAACAACCCCAAGAAAGUAUUAUAGACCCUAGUCACAGUGAUGAAAAAAUUCAAGGGGCAGAAGAUACUGAAGUAUGGUAUGAAUCUCAGGAAUUUGAAGAUAAUAGUACUGAGCAGGUGGAGGGUAAGAACACACAGGUAGAAGUCCAAACACUUGAAUAUAGUGAAGACAUAAUAUGUGGCACAAUAAUAGAUAAUGUUUUGGAAAGUAAAAUGCAGGGAGUAGCUAAACAAGAAGCAGCAGCUGCACAGGAAUCUCCUGAAAAUAUUAGUGUAAUUAUUGAGGUGAAAAAUGGAAUGGAGGAAAACAGCAAGAAGCCAGGGCCUGCAGACCAGCAGCUUGAAACAUUUCCCUCUGCGAGUACAAAUAAUGUUUUGCAGGAAGCCACAAAACAAUCACAGCAACAUACUGAAGAAGUUGGUGGCAACAUAAAAGAAAUGGAAGAGCAGAAUACAAGGUCAGAUGAUAUGUGUGAAUCUGUUAGUGAAGAGACGGAUAAAAACUGGGAGGGUCAGGGAAGUGAGGAGGACAAAAAUAAUAGAACAGAACAGCAAAAUGAGAUGCAGGAAAUCAUUCCAGAAGCUGAGGGGGAAUCAAGUUGCCUCAAUAGACAGGAAAGUCAGUUAGAUAAGAAGCUUAAAGGACAAGUUAAUGAGGUAGAGGGUCAAGAGGAAGGAGUGGAAGAUAAGGGUGAAACAUUCAUCUUUCAGUCAAAUCAGGAAUUAGAAACUAGUGAAAGGAAGGAUGCAGAGAAGGUUGAUGCACAGAAGCUGGAAGAUGUUAAAGCAAAGGAAAUUGUCACAGAACCUAUCAAAACAGGAGAAGGUGGAAAGGAAGAAGCUCAUCAAGGAAGUGUGUACAAAACAGAGAAGGAAGGCUUGUUGACUGAAGACAAUGCAGAUAUCCAAGAAAAAGGAGAGGAAUCUGGAGAAUCAAAUGCAUCCAGAUCUGAAACUGCAAAGAACACAUGUGAUGUGGUGGAGGACAAAACUAAAGUGUUAGACACCGAUAAUACAGAAAAAAUAACCAGUAACCCUUUAUUAGAUAAAGAGUUGGAAAGCUUGGGCACUACCAGUGUUGAAAGUAAAGAAGAUAUCACAGGUAUUAAAAGGGGUAAGGGUAAAUCUAAAGAAGAUUGUAUAAUAUCAUGAGUCCAUAAUCUAGGACCUAAAUAAAUUAACUGCUCUUGGAUCAGUUCCAGUACAAAAUAAUGCACCAUGCACAGUAAUUCAGACUUUAGGAAUGAUGAUGGUUUUGUUUUGCGGUUGUUUCAUCAUAAUAAUGUCAGUUCAUAGAUGCGAGUUCCAUCCAAUUUACUGUCAUGUAUCACCACCAGAUAUCGUAUACUCAGAUUUUGUUUUCUAAUUUCUCUCAGGUUUCAUGUUUAUCACCAAGUAAGCAUCACAAAUCAACUUUUCAGCCCAACUUGUUAAAAUAAAUGUAAGGCCGAUAUCUUCCAAAAAAAUAUUUAGCAAUUGUUCUUAUUUUCUAGACUAGUUUUAAACAAGCUAUAGGUCUUGGAUGCAAAGACAACAAACAGUACAAUUAAAUGUUGCUUUGCUGAACAUAAAGCAAUAUAAGGUAUGCAGCACCAUGGAUAUUGUUACCACAUUUAUUUGUGAACGCUUCAGUUCAGGAACCAACUAUCAUUGCUAAUACAAAAAGUAUAAUUUCACUGUGUAUUAUUUUAAUAUGGGCACAUUCCAAAGUAUAGCAUAUAGUUUAUAGAUGAACUGCCAAAAUAUAUUAGUUUAUACACUUUGAAAGAGCAAUAUACAGUUUAAGAAUUUAAAGCAUAAAUGUCUCCACAGUUGUUAGUCUGCCAAAAGGAGUAAGUAUGUAUAUGCUUACUUAGUCUAGGCACUUUGCACCAGAAUAAGCCUUUGACCCCAUGUUUUAACAGGGGCGUUCUUAUCUUUUUCUAGGGAAGUUUUCUCAGUACACGCUGUGAUGUGUUUUCAUACUUUCUAUCAAGUACAUUUAGUUAAUUAGGUAUAUUAUGAUACUAUUUUCCUACAAGAAAGUUUAAAUUGUAUUUCCUUAUUGCAUAUUUUUGCAAAAUACUAUUCUGAAAGAAUGUUUUCUUAUCUCUGGAAGUACUUUUUCCUUCUUUCUUGCCAGAAUGAAGGAAAUUAUGAAUGUCUUAAUCCUCUUGAACGUCUUAAUUUUUAUUGAAAAGCAUCACACCAAAGAUAACUGCUGUUGCUCUUUGUGUAUUAUCUCCUAUAUACCAAGCACUGAGUCUUGUGAAAAAUAAUGUUGCUUUUGAUUUGAUACUGGAAAUAUAAACAAUUGAGAUAUUACCAAAUCUUCAGUAAUUUCUUAUGUGACUAUUUUAAACCAGAUGAGAGGAAAUGUGUUUUUUGCAUAAUGAAACAUUCUUUUAAACUUCAUUUAAGUAAUGAAAAAUAAAAGGGAAUCCGAACUAAAGUUUUUGCAGGUCAUAAAAUAUUUCUUGUAUUGCUGUUACAAACUUAAUAACUUACAGAUAUGUUGAAAUAUUUCAUAUGUAUAUCACAAAUGUACUGAGCUGUAUAUAAUUGAAAUAAACAUAUUUUAUACUUUA